UGUUCGAUAUUUUUUAUUAGCCGAAGUAAAGAAAAUAACAAAAAGACUCUCGUAAAUUUGUGAAAGAAGCAAACAGAAAAUGGAUCGAUUUGUUAUUAAAAACCCAUCACCAUCUACUGCGAGCGGAUCUAUGAAUACAUCUGGAAAGCCGAAAUUAAAACAAGCGACAAUCGAAUCUCUAAAGGGAGUAGUAGUUAUUGAUGACGUGUUGCGUCAUAAAUCAAGGCUUCAACUUGCCACGUCUUCCAAAGAAGAAAAGCUGAACAGUCUAGAACAGCUUGGCAAAAAGAUCCCACCAAGACACGUGAUGAUGGACACAAAAAUAGGCAAAGUUAUUAAUAAACUUCGAAAGAGUGAAGAUGCAGAUAUACGACGGGCUGCUAAGAAAGUAUACGUGAAAUGGAAGACACACUUUGUGGAUCAUAUUGAGAGACCGAUGAUUGAGGUGAAAUGUGACUUGAAAACUGAAACUACAAGAACCAAAGCCAGGAACCUUCUGUGCAAUGCCUUGAAAGUGGAGAAUGGAAGUGAGCUUGCCCAGGCAAUUGAGAGGGAGACGUUUCAUGAACACAAAAGACUCAUUAGCAACGCCUAUAAACGGACUAUAAGAAAUCUCAUGUUUGUGUUAACUAAUCAAGCAGAUAUACGGACCAAAGUGUUAGCAGGGGAGAUCACUGUAACAGAUUUUGUUAAGACAAACACAAAAUCCUGAAGCAUAUUGAUAAAAGGAUGUUUUUUAUACAUUUCAUGAUGAUAACAAUUUUAAAAAACAUUUUCAUAACUAAUGUAUAUUCACAUAUCAGCUGGAAAAUAUAACAUUGUAUUAUAUUGUUGAUUUUAUUUAAAAUGACAUUUUGGAAGAAGGAUGGCCCUUGUUGCAAACAUAUGAGCUUGGCUUUACAAAAACUGUGUUUAAUACAUGUACGUAAAGUGUCAUCCCAGAUAAGCCUGUGCAGUCUGCACAGGCUUGUCAGGGAAGACACUUUCCACUUAAAGUAUUUUUUUAAUUGAAUUGAAAGAAGGAAUUCUCUUCUUAGCAAAAAAAAAAUUGAUGUGUUGUCCAUAAUUAGCCAGUACGCAUUGCACAGGCUAAUUUUGGACGACACUUUAGGCACGCGCACUAAGCCCAGUUUUCCCAGAACAAGGCUCACAUAUGGGCAUCCCUGUAAAUGACACCUUUAGUUUAACUCAUCAGUUUAUUGUCCAAUCUUGCUUAUCAUGAGAACAUUUUUACCACAAUUUCACCCUUUACUACUUAGAUACGUAUGUUUACGUAUGUGUAGUCCUUGAAAAGUUAUAUUUUAUUGAAGAUCUUUCUUACUAAAUUCAAGUUGUAAAGGCUUCAUUUCCAACCAUUCUAUACUGAUCACCAGGAAACAGCAUACAACCUGAACAGACUCAGUUACUCGCAGGCUGUUCUGGUUUUAUGCUAUUUGCACAUAUAGCACUUUUCAUUUUGCCUCUGAGUGUCAAAGGGUUAAACUGUAAAUAAUUGUUUUACUUUUAUAAAAUUAUUGUAUAAUACAUUUUGUCCUUAUUUUAAUAUUUGCAUAACGGUGUUUUAUUGUGUCCAUAGAUUGAUAGCAGUAAAUUUAUUUUAAAUAAA